AUGAAAAUCAAAUCAUUUUGUGGUACACUGUCCAUCCUCGUACUCAACCUAAUCGAUUCCACCUCAGCCGUAAGUGACCCAUGCGAGUGCACAUCGCUUGUGCUGCAGGGUGGCAAGUGUCAGGACUCCUUCAGUCAAGCCGUGAGUGAUAAUAAUGGGGUUAUCCACUUCGCAGGUACGCACGAGAUAGCGUCUGCGAUGCGUUUCCGUGGUGAUUUGGAUGUGCGUGGUGUAGAGUGCGACAAUGAAGGCAGAGCAAAAAUAAUCGGGGCGUAUAGUUCGGAGAGCAACGGUAUGUUCAGUCCUCAAGGUCCUUCCAGGAUCUCGAUUUCAUUCCAGGGAUUUGACAUUACAUCGAAGGAGGGUGAGUUUGUGUCAGCUCUGCGAACCUCGGGAGGGGAGGGCGACAGCGGCGAAAUGUACGUGACAUUCAGAGCAUCUGACAUCCGAGCAUAUGGAAUGUGGAAUAAGCGCUUGGGUGCUGUAUUUUUCAUCGGAAAUAUUGGGGGGUUGGCUGGCGAGUCGAGGAUUGAUGACAGUUGUAUGUUCUGGGAUAACAAGAUAGAGUCCACCCAAACCGAGCUUUAUCACGGAGGAGCUGUACUGUGCGUACAAUAUAUAGAGGACAAGGCUGAGUUAUACGUGGGUGGUGAAUACAAAGGUAACACGGCCUUCUAUACGGGCGGGUCUAAACAUUGCACUGGAGGUGCGGUAUAUAUUGACACCAAUGAGGGGUCCGUAAUCACCGGCAAAAAGGCCAGGUUCGAGGACAAUGUAUCCAACCAAGGAGGUGCAAUCUCAAUCAACUCGAAUGUGGGCUCAAUUGAUUUCCAAAGUACAUUUAAGGCCAACAAAGCACUCGACCAGGGCGAAGGCGCGCGUGCGGGUGCUGUGCGGGUGUUUAACUUGGGACCAGGCUCUACUACAAUCCUGUCCGGUGAGUUUAUAGACAACCUAUCAGACGUCGAUGGAGGGGUAAUGGCUACUAACAUCAUCGGUGCUGGAGCACACCUUGUGUUUAGUGGCGUAUUCAGCAACAAUACCUCGCUCCACACGGGAGCUGUUAUGAGUCAGUGGUCUCAGUAUACGAAUGAGGGGUUAACGCAGGUUCUGGCGUCUGCAAAGGUUUACAACAACACAGCGACGUAUGACAUGCGCUCGAAUUUAUUCAAGUUUACAUCUGGGCCCUCAUUGGUAUCAGAAGAGGACUUGGUCCCAGGGGUCACGUGGUCAUGGCAAGGAUCCAAGGAUGUGCCAGUGCCUGAAGUAAAGACGCUUUACGACGACACCUGGAAACAGCGCAGACGACGCACUGUUACAUAA